CUCCCUCCCCUACCGCGAGAGUCUCUCGGGAAAAUACACCGCGUCGUAUGUGGCUUCCGUUUCUUUCCCUCGUGUAUGGUUUGCGCUACUGUCAGAGAUCGAGAAUUCAAUUUCCAAUUCGUGGAUACAUCGGAGGGAGUAAGAGGAUCGAGGUACAGCUGACGUACUGGAGACCGCUGAAGAUGCAACCGGCGGGCGCACCGCGAACGCCGGGUUCUCCAACGCGCUCCUCGUACCACGAGCGCGACCGGGAGCGCGAAAGGGAACGCGAGCAGGAGCGGGAUCGCGAGCGAGAGCGUGGCGGACGGCAGCAGGGCCGAGCGAGUCCUGCGGAGGAUCGAGAGGAUCGCGAAGAGCGGGGUUCGAUCGUGAGGCAGAGCCUCGGGCCUCCUGCCGCGAUCUCGGGGAGCCAAGGAUUGCCGCUGUCUCUGUCGCUGGAGGAUCGGGAGCUCUGGACUAGAUUCCAGUGCAUUACGAACGAGAUGAUUGUAACCAAGAAUGGCAGGUUCUGUAAUCGAAUUAAUACCAGGUGGAAGUACGUCAACGGUGAAUGGGUACCAGGCGGGAAGGCGGAAGUGGCCCCGCCUAAUCCGAUUUACAUUCAUCCGGAGAGUCCGAAUUUCGGAGCACAUUGGAUGAAGGAGGCGGUGUCAUUCGCUAAGGUAAAACUAACGAAUAAGUCGAACGGUAACGGGCAGAUCAUGCUGAACUCGUUGCACAAGUACGAGCCACGUGUUCAUUUGGUCCGAGUGGGUGCCGAGGAACAGAGAACGGUUCUCACGUAUCGUUUCCCCGAAACGCAAUUCAUCGCGGUGACGGCGUAUCAGAAUGAGGAAGUUACGAGUCUCAAGAUCAAAUACAAUCCAUUCGCGAAGGCGUUUCUCGACGCCAAGGAGAGGCCCGCGGAUUCGCAGACUUACUCGCAAUAUGCAGGCGCAUUAUUUCUACCUCAACCUACUAUGGGAUACGAGUACAACACUGCAUCGGCGAUAGCAGUCGCGCAAAACCAAGCAUCGGCUUGUGUUAGCAAUCACUUCUCUAAUCCGUGCACCGGCGCCACAUCUGGGCACAGAGGCACCUGCAGAGCAGUGCCUUAUACCUUGAGGCACAAGUACGUCCAAGAUGAACAGCACGCAGACGCGUACGCGCCGAUGCCGCUCUUGCAUCCCACGGCUUACGUGACGGCUCCGGCCUGGUCGCCGCGGAGCCCGGAAUCCCUGCAGACUCUCAAUUCCGCGUGCCUGCCACCCGCCGCCUCGCAGGAGUGGCCGACGUCGCCGUCGCCGUCGCCAACGUCAUCGCACACGGUCCUCGGCAGGGCCGUGGUCGGUACUGUCUCGACGACCACCGUGACCGGUUGUACCCUUUACGUGCCCUCGAAUUUACCGUCUCAGGAGCAACACGGCGGACACUGCGCUGACGCGUCUUGGAUACAUUCCAACACGUUGGAGCAGCAACAGCAGCAGCAACAGCAGCAGCAGCAGCAGCAGCAGCAGCAACAUCAACAGCAAUCCUACUUGAACUUGAAUCUCCAUCUGCAUCACCAAAUGUCCCCGUACGGUCCCGUUUCGCACCCGGGGCUGCAGCACGCGGGCUUGCACCCACAAAGUGGAGAACCGGUUCCUCCGACGGACGCGAACGAAUACGUUCACGAGUAUCAUCACGCCUCGCCGGUGCAAUCGACCACCCCCGACCAGCAUCGUCAUCAGCAGCAGCAUCAUCCUCAAGCGCAGAUGUUGCACGUGCAGACGCUGCCGCAGACAGAAACGUCUUCGCCGGUCAGCGUAGAGUACGACAGCCCGCCCAAGGAGCAUCCCCACAUCCAGAUGGGCUAUCCCGAGCAAACCGCGGACGCUUUGAACGAGGUGCAGCAGGACGACGAGAGACGAUACUUGACCACGGUUGUCGACCGCUACCCUCAUCAUCAUCAUCAUCAUCAUCCACAUCAUCGUAAUCACCAUCGACAGGACACGGAGAUCGCCGACGAGCAGCCAAACGCUUGGACGCCGCUGACGCCACCCCCGGCGCCGCAGACCACCGCCAUUUGACUCGAAUUGGUACAUUGGAAAUUAUGCACAAGUAUUGAGCACACGCGAAAAUGCACGUCCGAGCUUACUAUCGUGUGUAAAAUCGUCAACGUGGGGAAUAUUGUCUCAACGAUCGAUUCGAUGAUGCGGCGUCAGAUGGAUGCUAAAUAUAUUAAACGCGACGAUUAAUCGAGAAAAUUCUUCUCGCGCACGAUAGAUGUUAAAAUGUAUCGUUCCGUCCUAAUUACUGUAGAUACAUUUUAUUGAUUCCCCU